CCUCCUUCAUAUCACAGACCAUCCCCCAUAAUGGCCUCGCCACCUAAGCCCUGGGAGCGAGCCGGUGCUGGACCCUCACCCUCUUCAUCAGCAGCGCCCUUAUCGCCUGCAUCAUCAGUCGCCUCCAUGGACGCUCCCCCGAUACCAGAGCGCCCUGCUUCGCUCUCCGCCUCCAUCAACCAGAACGCAGCCGCUCACGCCCGUGUCGGCGCCAUGGGAGCCAUGGGGGGCAUGGGUGCCUCGCCCUAUGGUGCCUACAACAGCGCAUACUCAUCGCCUUACUCAAGUCCCUACUCACGCUUUGGAGGCGGCUAUGGAGGAUAUGGCGGCAUGUACGGCGGAUACGGGGGCAUGGGCGGCAUGUACGGCGGUGGCAUGUACGGCGGCAUGCCCAUGGGCGACCCCAACAGCCUGGCCAACCGCUUCAGCAACGGCACUGCCGCCACGUUCCAGAUGCUCGAGGGCGUUGUCACUGCCUUUGGCGGCUUUGCGCAGAUGCUCGAGAGCACGUACAUGGCCACGCACUCUUCCUUCUUUGCCAUGAUUUCCGUUGCCGAACAGUUCAGCAACCUGCGUGACACUCUGGGAUCUCUGCUCGGAAUCUUCACCCUCAUCCGCUGGAUCCGAACUGUCCUUGCAAAGCUCACCGGCCGUCCCCUGCCGGCCGAUGCCGCGUCCCUCACUCCCUCAGACUUCGCCCGAUUCCAGGGUCGAUCCAGCAGCCCCGGCGGCUCGCCCCAGCCCCCCAAGGCCAGCCGGAAGCCCCUCCUCUUCUUCCUCCUCGCCGCCUUCGGCCUGCCCUACCUCAUGUCGAAGCUCAUCAGGAGCAUCACCGCCAACGCCGAAGAGGAAGAGAAGCGGCUCGAGAUGCAGGCCCUCGAGGCUCAGAAGCCCGUCGACCCUGCCAAGCUGGAGUUCUGCCGCCUCCGCUUCGACUUUACCCCCCAGCAGCCCAACGGCAUGGAGCUGGAAGCCCGCAAGGGAGACCUCGUCGCCGUGCUGAGCAAGAAUGACCCCGCUGGCCAGCCCAGCGAGUGGUGGCACUGCCGAAGCCGUGACGGCCGCCAGGGCUACCUGCCCUCAACCUACCUCGAGGUCCUCAAGCGAUCUGCGUCUGAGCCCAAGAAGCUCAAGGCCGCGCCCGACAGCAGGACCAACUCGUUGACCAGCUCGUCCACGUCAGAGGAGGGCAAGAAGGAGUAUGCUACCGCCGACGGCAUGCAGAGAAGUCACUUUUACUCUUGA